GUACCUGCAUCUUACAACAUCUUGGCUUGAACAAUCACCACAAAAUGUCUUCCAACGACGGAAAAUUGGGCGCCGCGGUUCCAGACACUCCCGUCAUCAUCCCAACCUACGACAUCAAGCUCACAGGCACACAUGUCACCAUCGUACCUGUACACCCUUCUUUCGCCGAAGCCCUUUACGCACAAGUCUCCGGCCCCGAAAAUGCUUCCCUAUUCGAUUACUUGUUUGACGACCCGCCCGAGUCCCUCGACCAGUUCCGCGUCUCCCUAGCCAAGAAGGCAGAGACCACAAACCCUUGGACCUACACCAUCCUCCUGAACAGUACCUCUCAACCCGUCGGUCUAGCCUCGCUUAUGCGCAUGGACGCUCCAAACCGCGUCAUCGAAAUCGGGUCCAUCCUAUACGCCCCUUCUCUCCAGCGUACACCAGCGGCGACAGAAGUCCAGUACCUCUUCGCAUCCUAUGUCUUCGAUACUCUCCACUUUCGACGCUACGAGUGGAAGUGUAAUGAUUUAAAUAAGCCGAGUAUGAAGGCGGCGAAGAGGCUGGGGUUUAGGUAUGAAGGCACGUUUAGGCAGCAUAUGAUUGCAAGGGGACGGAAUAGGGAUACGGCGUGGUUUAGUAUCGUGGAUGGGGAGUGGGAGGGAGUGAGGGAGGCGUUUGAGGGGUGGCUGGAGGAGAGGAAUUUUGAUGAGGGGGGAAGGCAGAAGAAGAGGUUGGAGGAGUUCAGGCAGGGGUAGACGAGGGAUAAAGAAAACGAUAAGGAAAAGAUAGAGCAAUGGACAGAGCAAAGGAUAGAUAGAAAGAAGAGCAGAAGAAAGGGCGAAAGAUACAGAUAAAGAAGAGGUUAGAGAUUUUGUUUUGGUGCAGUCUUCUGGACUAGAAUUACAGUGGUACGGAUUUGCUGGCGACGAACAUUCUCGAAUCCGCAACUGCAUCUGCUUUCGGCAGGAACAUCGUAACUUCUUCUCUGGCUCGUGACAACACCAUCACCGUCACCAUAGAAACGCGCUAAGUGUUGCAAACGCUCGACGUGAGAUAGC